AUGUCAUUCCUACAAAUUCUCCGUUUCACUUUUUAUAUAGGGACUUCUAAAGGGAAGCAAAGAAACUCGGAAUUUGACUUUUCUUUCGGUAACUUCAUUAAGAACAGCUCUUCGUAUCUGGAAGGGCCGAUCAUCUCUCGUAGUUUCACAGGCGAUGAUGCUCUUUCUUGCUGGAUGAGGUGUCUUGACGUCUUGGAGUGUUUGUCUGUCAACGUGGGGGCCAUUGCUGACUCGAGCUUGAAGUUUUGGUGCGAGUUACUGUCUGUCGAUAAGUACAGCUGCCAAGACGAGAAGUACCAGCCAAACUCUACCUCAGACCAUUACGAAAUAAAGAGCGCAUGUGAGCACAAGCCGUGUAAGAAUGGAACAUGUCACACCAGCAAGCUCGACGAUACCUACACGUGUGUCUGCGAUGAUGGAUUUAUCGGAGAGAAUUGCGACAUCAUAAGUAUGACAUAA